UCAUGUACUCACACAAUGGGGGAUCCCUGCCCUGUUCCAGGGAGUGAGCCAGAGGCACUGGGAAAUCAUGAAUUUGAUAAUGGUGUAGAAGGACUGAUUGAUCCACUCCUCAAAAACGCCACAUUUCCAAUUCUGAGUGCAAACAUUAAAGCAAAGGGGCCGCUAGCAUCUCAAAUAUCAGGACUUUAUGCUCCAUAUAAAGCUAUUUCCAUUGGUGGUGAAAAGGUGGGAAUUGUUGGAUAUACCUCACAAGAAACGCCCUAUCUCUCAAAUCCAGGAAGAGAUUUAGUAUUUGAAGAAGAAAUUGCUGCCUUACAACCUGAAGUUGAUAAACUAACAACUCUAGGUGUGAACAAAAUAAUUGCACUGGGACACUCUGGCUUUGAGAUGGAUAAACUCAUCGCUCAGAAAGUGAAGGGAGUGGACGUCGUGGUGGGAGGCCACUCCAACACAUUUCUUUAUACAGGCACUCCACCUUCCAAAGAGGUGCCUGUUGGGAACUACCCAUUCAUAGUCACCUCUGAUGAUGGAAGGAAGGUUCCCGUGGUCCAGGCCUAUGCCUUUGGCAAGUAUCUCGGCUACUUGAAGGUUGAGUUUGAUGACAAGGGAAAUGUCGUCACUUCACAUGGAAAUCCCAUUCUUCUCAACAGCAGCAUUCCUGAAGAUCCCACCAUAAAAGCAGAAAUUAACAAAUGGAGGAUAAAAUUAGAUAAUUAUUCCACCCAGGAAUUGGGGAAAACAAUCGUCUAUCUGGAUGGCACCACUCAAUCCUGCCGCUUCACAGAAUGCAACAUGGGCAACCUGAUUUGUGAUGCCAUGAUUAACAACAACCUUAGACACCCAGAUGAACUGGUCUGGAACCACGUGUCCAUGUGCAUUUUAAAUGGAGGCUCCAUUCGGUCUCCCAUUGACGAACGCAACAAUGGCACAAUUACAUGGGAGAACCUGGCUGCUGUGCUACCCUUUGGAGGCACCUUUGACCUGGUCCAGUUAAAAGGCUCCACCCUGAAGAAGGCCUUUGAGCACAGCGUGCACCGACACGGCCAGUCCAGCGGAGAGUUCCUGCAGGUGGGCGGAAUUCACGUGGUUUAUGAUCUUUCCCGAAAUCCUGGGGACAGAGUGGUCAAAUUAGAUGUACUUUGCACCCAGUGUCGAGUGCCCAAGUACGAGCCUCUUGAGAUGCACAAGUUGUAUAAGGUGAUCCUCCCAAGUUUCCUUGCCAAUGGUGGAGAUGGAUUCAAGAUGAUAAAAGAUGAAGUAAUAAAGCAUGACUCUGGUGAUCAAGAUAUCAAUGUGGUUUCUGGAUACAUCUCAAAAAUGAAAGUCGUUUAUCCAGCAGUUGAAGGUCGGAUCAAGUUUUCUGCAGGAAGUCAUUGCCAUGGAAACCUCUCUCUAAUAUUUCUUUCAUUUUUGGUAGUGAGCAUUGUUUUAUACCUGUAGCCAAAACUUCUCCUUGCCAUUAAUCUGUGGGACUGCAUUUUGCAAGUGAUAUUUAAGUCUGCCUUUUAGGAACUGACUAUGUGAUGGCGCAGACCAUCCUCAGCUCCUAGAAGCUGCGCUUAGAUGUUUGUAAAUGAAGACACUGAAAUAAUCUCCCAGGAUCAGCAACUUAGUGAACGUACAGGAAAAGAAAUUAAAAUGGUCCCCCCUCCAAGAAGAGGGCCAGCCAUCUUUCGUUUACAUGUGUACAUUUUAAUAAAAACUUUAUUAAUAAUUUUAAACCAUAGAAAUUAUUUUUCUCUUUAGAUCCCUUCUCAUCCACCACCAAUUUAUAUUUACAUAGAGUUUUAUCACUUACAAGAGAGUUUUAAGCACAUUAUCUUGUUUGAUGCCCAUAACUUUGGUAGGCAAGACAGGUGUAUUUCCCAUUUGUCAGAUGAGGGAACUGAAGUUCAAAAAGAGUAGACUUGCUCAAGGCCAUAUAGCUAAAAGUGACAGGCCUAAGACCUGUACCUAAGUCUCCUGACCUGGAAUCCAGCACUCUUUCGACUAUAUCCAGUUGAUGUUUGGAAUGAUUAUUUAAUGACCCACCAAACUAUCAAUGGCUCCUAAUUCAUGGAUGACAAGUCUCUGCUUUAUUUCUGGUAUGUAUAUAUAUAUAUUUUUUUUUUUUUCCUUUUUAGCUCCUACUGUUAUAGCGAUUUUAAUACACUAAACUUUCUCUCGUGUCACCAUAUGCCUUUGAUGAAUCAGGAAACGAAUGGUACAGCAGAUAAUGGAAAAGACUAAGGCUGCAAACAACAGUCAAAGGAAAGAAUAGGACAUCCUGGUCUGAUUUACAUUAUAUAAAGGAAUUAAAGGGCAUUUAGAUUUGUAAAAUAACUAUUUGCUAAGGAGUGGCAGCACAGUGAUGGAUGCAUGGUAUUAGCCAUUAAUAAUUUCGAGGGGCCUCCCUGGUGGCCUAUGGGUUAAGUCUCAGCAUUAUCACUGCUGUGGCCUGAGUUCGAUGCCUGGCCACGGAGCUGCCCACAUGGCACAGACCUCUCCUGUGUCACUCACUGCUCCCCUCAGCAGUGUUUUCAGUCAGUCCACCUGUUCUGCUCCCCACUCUGUCUCUGGUGAGUCCUCUCAAUACCCACACCUCUGGCCUGCACCCCAAUUCUUCUAUGCAAAAACUAAAUAAUUUUAAGAGAUUCCUUCAGUUCUACUUCUAUGUUGUUCCUUCUUUCUUCCUAAUGUGAAGAUGUCAUGAGUUUCUAUGACAAGGUGCAAUUCUAAACCUACAUGGGUCCCUCCCUAGCCACAUGCUAGCACUGUAUUUAUUUUAGUCACACACUCCCCAUAUACCCUCACCAACACACACAGACACACACACACAGACACACACAUGCACAUUGCAUCCAUCACCACCACCACACUUUGGGAAAUCUAGAAGGGAGACAUGAUUGAAGUCAGCUCUGCCUCCGAAUCUGAAUAAUCACUCAGUCAUUCUCAAGGGCAGAGAACUCACUAGGAAUGGGUACCUGAGUAGGUGUUCAAGAAAUAUCAGACUGAUGAAAUAAUUUAUACUCAAAGAACAAAUAUUUGCUUAAAUUGGUAAGCAUAUGAAUCUGCUGAGCAGGAAUGACUCAAGAAAUCAAUGGGAGCCUUUACCUUAAAAAUAGUUGAGCAAAGGGGGUAUGUUUGUCUCAAUGUUUACAAAUACUAAGUAUCUUUAAUAUAAAAUAUACUUUUAAAUUUCAUAACCUUUUAAUAAAAGUUGUUGCAGCAAAAUAAGGCCUUCAUUCUAUGCAUAUUCAGAAUACCUAUAAGUAAACAAAUGUCAAUAAGAUUUUAAAAGGAAAUUAGAGAAGAUGCACUUAGGAUAUAUUUUUUAUCCUGAGAUAAUAAAAAUUCUAUAUGCAUAUAAAUUUUUCAGGAACUUUUUUAAAGUACCCUAAAUAUGUAUGCAUGUUUUGUAUAAUGUGGUAUUAAGAAAUAACAGCAAACCACUUUUCCAAUUGUAGAUUCCAAACAAUAAAAUUGAAAUUACA